GCCUGGAUCCAGCAAACGCACUGCGUCUGCGUGCCAUCCACCGCCGCCAUCUUUGGAACUCAGGAGGUGUGCACCAUCAACACUGGUCCUCCAUCCUUUUCCACAAAGUUAGCUUAAAUUAGAUAGCACUGUCUAAAGUACGUAGUCUGAACAUGGCUAACCGAAAUAUGCAGCAAGCGGGCAUGCAAAGCAGCAACUCUCCUCAACCGCCGAAACGUGGGACCGACUCCCCGGCCGCGGAGCAGCUACCAGCGAACAAAGACAGCCCAGCUCAGCCGCCUCAGCAGCCGUCACCCGCGGCCGAGCAAGCGGAGGGAGCCGGCGAAGGAAGCGCAGAGGGCCCGGCAGAAAUGACUCUGGAUAUUACGAGUUUUCGGAAGCCCGGUGAAAAGACGUUCACCCAGCGGUGUCGUCUCUUUGUUGGCAGUCUCCCGGUUGAUAUACCGGAGGAGGAGUUCACAAACAUGUUUGCUAAAUAUGGGAAAGUUAACGAGGUGUUCAUCAACAGAGACCGGGGCUUCGGCUUCGUUCGCCUGGAAACCCGAACGCUGGCAGAGAUUGCAAAAGCUGAGCUGGAUGGGACUAUUUUGAAUAACCGACCAAUCAGGAUCCGCUUUGCUACGCAUGGUGCUGCGCUCACAGUCCGCAACCUGCUGCCUGUAGUAACGAAUGAACUGCUGGAACAGGCAUUUUCUCAGUUUGGACCGGUGGAGAGGGCUAUUGUUGUGACAGAUGACCGUGGCCGUCCCACAGGGAGAGGCAUUGUGGAGUUUGCGAACAAAGCAGCUGCUCGUAAAGCUCUGGAGCGCUGCACUGAGGGAGCACUGCUGCUGACCACCACACCCUGUCCAGCCAUUGUAGAACCCUCAGAGCACUUUGAUGAUGAGGAUGGUCUGUCUGAAAAACUGCUGCAGAAGACUCCAAAGUACCACAAGGAACGAGAGCAGCAGCCACGUUUUGCCCAGCCGGGGACGUUUGAGUUUGAAUACUCGUCUCGCUGGAAAGCUCUCGAUGAGAUGGAGAAGCAACAGAGAGAGCAGGUGGACAGGAACAUUAAAGAAGCCAAAGAGAAACUGGAGGCUGAGCUGGAGUCGGCUAAACAUGAACAUCAGCUCAUGUUAAUGAGACAAGAUCUAAUGAGACGUCAGGAGGAGCUGAGGAGACUGGAGGAGCUUCGUAACCAGGAGCUGCAGAGACGAAAGCAGAUAGAGAUGAGACAUGAGGAGGAGAGGAGAAGGAGAGAGGAGGAGAUGAUGAGGCACAGAGAACAGGAGGACCUGAGACGCCAACCAGAUGGUUUCAAACCAAACUACCUGGACAAUAGAGAACAGGAAAUGAGAGUGGGUGAGCUGGGCCCUCGUGGAGCCAUUAAUAUGGGAGAUGGCUAUAACCAGGCCUCUGCGGGGCCCAGUGGUAACCAGGGUCAAAUGAUGGGCAUGAGUGGAAGGGGAGGAACCAUUGGCCCAGAGGGAACUGCAAAUAUGGGCACAGCAUUGAUGUCAGAAAAUGGAGCCAUGCGAAAUGAUCGAUAUCCACAGGGUGGAUCAAUGGGGGGUCGACCAGAGGUUGAGUCCCCAAAGCAGCAGCAGCAGCAGCAACAGCAGCAGCAGCCGCAGCCGCCAGCAGCAGCCACUGGGCCCCCAAGUUGGACCAGCCCCAGGAUUUGGUAGGGGGAAUCCAGUAGGGGGAGUCUUUGAUGGGCCAAAUAACAAGCGCCGCAGAUAUUAACUUCUCAAGUUUCUCAUGGAUCUUUGUUACUGCCGCUGUCCAAUUUUUCUUUUUCUGUUUUUACAUUGACUGACUUGUUGAUUUACUAUUCUCCCUGCAACUUGGACAUGUUUUUUGGGGAAAAAAAAUCUGAAAGUUUUUUUUUUUUUUUAAAAGGUUUUUCUCUAACAGGAGUUCUCACUGAGGGGUACUUAUUUUGUGACCGAUACAAUUACAGGACAAUGCUUGGUAUCCACAGUUACGAGAUGGGAUCAAAAAGCUCUGAGACUGCACCUGCAACAAACAAAAACCAUACCUGAUUUAAAUUUGGCUGCCGUAACGUUCUAAGUAGCAUUUUGAGCACCAGUACAUCACUCUCAGCACUCCUGCUGCCCUGCAGUAUACUCCCUAGAAGUCCUGUUCUGUCAAGCAUCAUUGUGCACUGGAUCUACUUGAGUGUGUCAAAACUGUGACCCCUAUCCUUGAAUUUCAUUCUGGGGAAGAAGAAGUGGUAGGGAGCUGAAUCCAGGAAGUAAGGUGGAUGAGGAGAAACGGUUUGUGCUCCUGGUGUGGCCAUAUUGCCAUGAGGCCACAGUACAAGUUAUUUGCAUUGAAUGUCCUCCCUCAAAACAGUGCAGUAGAAAUCAGCAUUGACGUUGUGACCCUGAGGGAGGAAUUCGUGGUACACACCCCUGUGAAUGUCAGAAAAAAAGAAGAGCAAGAGACGCCUUUUUCAGUCUUGGAGACUGCAAGUGCUUUAACUACUAAGAUUUGGUCUCUGGUUGUAGCCAUAGAUCCAACUCCUGUCAAGGGUGAUGAUCCUUGAUGUGAAGGUUGGGUGUUCUUGGGCCUGUUGACAGAGAUCCUCGCUGAAUACUGACUCAGGAAAGUUACUGCUUGCACCUGUUAGAUGCACAGCACCGUACUCAGUGCGCUCACAACAGGAAAAGUCUUUGAGCUUUUUGAUUGCACCUCAUAUCUGCACUGUUUAUACAGAAUAUUUUAAACCAGCAUACAUUUCUCCUCAGUUUUCUGAAUGAAAGACUUUGUGCUUUUGUGUCGGCUGAAUAGUGAGUGUGCAAAUAAGUUUCAUAGCAUGACAAGGAAGGCCUUUGGAGUUGCUAUGGCUGCUACUGUGUUGGAUACACUUUAUUAAGCUGCUCUGGGGGACUGUUGAAUUAAAAAAAAAGAUUAAUUAGAUUUGACACUCAUUAGGGUCAAAACAAGAUGCUGACGUCUGGAAGACAUUCAGACGUCAGCAAACCAUCAUAAUAAUAUCCACAUCUGGUCAUAGAAUGCCUUAGUUUUUGGAUUUUGUUGUUGUAGCAUUUUGUUGUGGUCCUCCCUUUAAACAUACUCUUACUCUUAGCUAGUUACAUAUUGAAACACACAGUGAGUGAAAGUUGUGGCCUCAGUGCAUCCUGUAUUUGAUUAAGAGAAAUAAAACAUUUGUAGGAA